UGCUGUCAUUUCUCUCCUUUCUUUUUAAAAUCCUUCCUCCCCUUGUAUUGGCCUAGUAAGUAUUUCUAUUUCUAUUUUAUUUCUUUUUUCUAUUUUCACAUGUAUUGGCUGUGUUCGACGUUCUCUUUUUUGCAUUCCCACAAACAAUCUUCCCCCAACUCUUCUAAAUUUGUUCUUUUUUUAUUUACAGCCACCCAACACAAACAUACAUAUUUAUUUAUCUAUUUAUUCCUUUUUUUAAAUGUUGCCGCGGGAACGCCAUUUUAA